AUGAAAAGGAAUGCAGUGAUGGAAUAUUUAACUAGUGUUGGUGCAUUGAAAACAGUGAAAAUGUUGGUUCUAUCGAAUAUGUUUCGUGGUCAAAAUCAAAUUGGACCGAGAGCAGUCGAAGCAUUGGCGGUGGACAAAAUUAAAAAGGGCGAAUUGACAACGCAGAGCUCUUUGAGAAUUAAAAACAGGACGAAAACGUACGACGACGUCAGUGCAAAAACUGAGGACGUGAAAUCUUCCAGACGAGAAAAGUGUCUCUCGAGCAGUGUAGAUGCAAUUAGAACACACGAUGACAUUAAAAAUAAAGUGAUAUGCAGUGCCAAAGGUUUAUUAGAAACAAAUUUAGAUGAUCUAUUCGACGACGUCGGUGAAUGGUCGGAGCCAAAGAGUUUGGGUGCUAGCGAGCCAACGUUGAACUACAACGGGGACAAUUUUAGGAAUAAGCAUGGAUCUCUCGUGUCAGAGGAUGACAGUGGGGAAGAUACGGCUUCUGAUAGUGACUGCGUGGACGAGGUGGCUCGCGAGCAGAGGAUAUGUCUUGGGGCGCGCCGCUUUGGUCAUAUGCUUCGAAGAGUUAUCUCUAGAAAUGUGUUCCCGAAUGUUCCGGCGGCGCCUGGGAUGCCAUGCGCUGGUGAAGACAGAAGCAUAUACAGGAGAGGCGCUCGACGGUGGCGAAAGCUAUAUCGAGUCAAUGGACACAUCUUCCAAGCGAAACGGUUUAACAGACGCGCGUUUUGUGCCUUUUGUCAAGACCGCAUCUGGGGCCUCGGAAGGCAAGGCUUCAAGUGCAUCCAGUGCAAGCUACUGGUGCACAAGAAGUGCCACAAGCUCGUACAAAAGCCCUGUUCUAACGAGCAUGUUGACCCUGUCGAAGUUAAGGACGAUGCCAACGGCGAGACCACGUUGGGACGGGCGUCUUCCGUCAGGUCGCGCGCGGAACCAGAGCAUCCACUGCCGGAGACACCACCGGCGCCGGUGGCCAAUCUUGUGCCGCGUGAGGACCUGGAGCCGGGCUCGCAGCGACAGUACUCGCUCGAGGACUUCGAGCUCAUCAGGGUCAUCGGCAGGGGUUCCUACGCUAAGGUGCUAAUGGUGGAACUUAAACGCACGAAGCGCGUCUACGCCAUGAAGGUGAUCAAGAAGGCGUUGGUGACGGACGACGAGGACAUCGACUGGGUACAGACUGAGAAGCACGUGUUUGAGACCGCCUCCAACCAUCCCUUCCUCGUGGGUCUGCACUCCUGCUUCCAGACACCCAGCCGACUGUUCUUCGUCAUUGAGUUCGUUAGAGGCGGCGAUCUCAUGUUCCAUAUGCAACGUCAGCGACGGCUGCCUGAAGAGCACGCGCGGUUUUACGCGGCGGAGAUAUCGCUGGCGCUACAUUUCCUGCACGAACGUGGCGUCAUAUACAGAGACCUCAAGCUGGACAACGUCCUGCUCGACCACGAGGGGCACAUCAAGCUCACUGACUACGGCAUGUGCAAGGAGGGCGUCCGGCCUGGCGACACGACGUCGACGUUCUGCGGCACGCCCAACUACAUCGCGCCGGAGAUCCUGCGCGGGGAGGAGUACGGCUUCUCCGUGGACUGGUGGGCGCUCGGCGUGCUCACCUACGAGAUGCUCGCCGGACGGUCGCCCUUCGACAUCGCGCAGGCCGCGGACAACCCCGACCAGAACACUGAGGACUACCUCUUCCAAGUGAUCCUAGAGAAAACUAUACGUAUUCCACGGUCGUUGUCUGUGAAGGCGGCGUCUGUAUUGAAGGGCUUCCUGAACAAGAACCCGGUGGAAAGGCUCGGCUGCGGCGAGAACGGGUUCCUAGAUAUCGUUAACCACCCGUUCUUCAAGAGCAUCGAGUGGGAGAUGCUGGAGCAGAAGCAGGUGGUGCCGCCGUUCAAGCCGCGGCUGGAGGGCGAGCGCGACCUCGCCAACUUCCCGCCGGAGUUCACCGACGAGCCCGUGCACCUCACGCCGGAUAACGAUACGGUGAUCGCGGACAUCGACCAGUCUGAGUUCGAAGGGUUCGAGUACGUGAACCCGCUGCUGAUGUCCCUCGAGGACUGCGUGUGA